CCACCAAACGCCGAGCCCCGCCAGGGGUCAGUCGUCACCAAGACUCGCCAGCCCGCUCGUCGGCGCUCAGUCAAAUCUAUCCUACCUCGUCUAGACUCCGCUCCGCCAUGGACGACGGCGCCGGCGAAGCCGGCGGCGAAAGCCAGGUUCACGUGUGCAGUUCGCACCCCCUUUCGUUCCCUUCCCAGCCGCCGGACAUCAAGAAUUGGUUCUCGAGCUAUGUGUAUGACUCACCGGAGGUCCCGGAGCUGGUUGCUGAUCACAACGGCGGCAACGGCAGCGAGACCCAAGACCCAUUCGAGGAUGGUGGAGUUGCUUUGAGAGAAAAUUGUCUAGGAGGCGAAUCUGAGCCUGAGAUUUUUUCUGGAAAAUAUUUGGUUCCGGUUGAUGGGAAUGUGAUGAAGCCCGCCCCCAAAAGGAAGCAAAGCCUGCGGGCAUUAUUUGGAGCGAGUUUUCUUUAUGAGGCUGAGGAAGCUACUGAAACUGAAAGUCAUGGUUUGUUCCCUGUGCAGCUAAAUGCACUGAAGCAUGUGUCAGAUCGUACAAGCCUUCCUCUUGAUGAAAUAUGCGAGGCACAUUCAGAAAAAAAGGAUUGCGCAAUAAGCUUGCCUGAUAGUACUAGACAUAGCCAGGAAGGCACAACUGAGCACAACAAGGUGCUGGUCGAUUGUGAUCGUAUUAGUUCAGCUGACACUCAAGAAAGCACCCCUGCAGAUGAAGUUGAGAGUAAAAAGUCUUCUAACUGUUAUGAUGCAUGUUUGGCUGAUAUUGGAGACGGCUUUGCAGAAGAUGACAUCCAUCAUAUUGAACUGCCCGUCAGUUUCAACAGUACCAUUCUAGCUGGAACUGACAAAAAGAUCCAAGAUGGUGUUGACAACAGCACAAGUCUUGUUAGUCGCAACAGCCUCAGUUUAGCUGACACUGAAGAUAAUUCUCCACUAGGGGAAAAUGAUAGUGAAGAGAAUUCUCCCUCAGGGCUAGGGCGAACUGACAACUGGAAGCCUUCGUUAGACAGUAUAAAGCCACAAGAAAUAGUUGCAUCAGAUGGUUUUAUAGCUGUAAAGAGGAAGAAGCUACCAGAUGAACACAAAACAAACAAAAUUCCGAGGCACCCAAUGGGGAGAGAGAAGGAAAAGGGAAACUUACAAGAGAGCGGUGGCAUUUCAGACCAAAAGGUUUUUGUCCAAGAGCAAACCAGACGUCCCUUGGCAGAUAGGACUAAUUUUUCAGAAGUAAACACAGCUCCGGCACCAGAGCCGAGCAGGAAAUGGAAGUGUCCUCGCAAAGGAAAGCCCUAUGUUGGUCGUCCAAUGAAGCAGCUCCGGUUGGAGCAAUGGGUGCGCCGUAUUAAUUGACACUUCAUCUGCCAUCCUUUUUUUCAGAAGAGUAUGCAUCAUCAGGUUGACAGUUUAGACCAGUUUCAGCUCUACCAGUCUGUAGAAGUGCAUGCCACCCAAGUAGGAGUAGAUCCGUUAUAAUAUCGUUAUGUUUGUUAGCUACUAUUCUUGUGCUACUGCUAUCCCGGUUCAAUUUUAUCAUAGCACCAGGGUACAUAUUGGCAGAAGACUGAACUGAGACAACUUGAUGACGGGUGUAAGAUUCUGUGAAUCUUGUUUUCUGAUGAGAUUCUGUGUUACUUUUUAAUGUUGUGCAAAUGUUUGGUCUGUUGGGAAAAUGCUUCCCAAACUGUAACGAGAUUUCAUAAACAGACGCAUGAAUAUACGAAGACUUGUGUGCGAAAAAAAAA